CUUCAGGCAUAAAUAGCAAGACUCCUACUGUCUUUCUUGCAGACCAACUCAGCUGCCAGCAAAAGCAGGUGCUCUCCCCCUACCAGUGCUCCAGAAGAAAUACUUAGGUAUGGAAAACCUGAUGUUUGUCUACCGCUCCUGUAAAGUUAUCUGGACGUUACUCAUAACAAUACUAGGUUAUGCCAGCAGCUUGCCUGUGGGUGAUGAUUCUAUUUGCACAGCAGAGGAACUUGCAAAGUACAGCAUAAUCUUCACAGGGAAAUGGAGUCAGACUGCUUUCCCUAAGCAGUAUCCUCUUUACAGGCCCCCAGCACAGUGGUCAUCAAUGCUAGGUGUUACUCAUAGUUCUGACUACAACAUGUGGAAAAAAAAUGAAUAUGCCAGCAAUGGUGUACGUGAUUUUGCUGAAAAGGGUGAAGCAUGGGUAUUAAUGAAAGAAAUAGAAGAAGCUGGAGAGAAAAUUCAGAGUGUACAUGGAAUCUUCUCUGCUCCUGCCAUUUCCAGUGGUACAGGACAAACUUCCACUGAAUUAGAAGUGCAUUCAAGACAUCCCUUAGUUUCAUUUGUUGUACGAAUUGUUCCAAGCCCUGACUGGUUUGUGGGUAUUGACAGCCUAAAUCUCUGUGAAGGAGACCACUGGAUGGAAGAAGUAUCAGUAGAUCUAUUUCCAUAUGAUGCUGGAACUGAUAGUGGUUUCACAUUUUCCUCCCCAAACUUUGCCACUAUUCCACAGGACACAGUUACAGAGAUUACUUGUUCCUCUCCCAGUCACCCAGCAAACUCGUUUUAUUAUCCAAAGCUCAAAAUUUUGCCACCUAUUGCUCAAGUAACAAUGGUGAAAUUAAAGAAAAACCAGCUGGGUCUUCCUGCACCUUAUCUUAAUCUCCAAGCUAAAAGCAAUGAAAUAAUAGACUCUGUCUCAGAAACACCACUGGACUGCGAGGUUUCACAGUGGUCUUCCUGGGGUCUUUGUAGAGGUGCUUGCAGAAAAACAGGGACCAAGAUCAGAACUCGUUUCGUACUUCUUCAGCCUGCCAAUAAUGGAAUGCCGUGUCCAAAUCUGGAUGAAGAAACAGGAUGUGAACCAGAGAAUUGUGUCUGAAAUAAAGAAAAGAUAGUAAUUUAGAUAAUUUAUAAGUAGGAUAAGUUUAACUAAAUCUAAACUACAUGUCAGUCAAUGUUCCUUUUAAUUGGGGUAUGCUGCACUAUUUUCCUAAAAAGGUAUAUUAGACUGGUUUUGAAAGUUGUUGUUUAAUAUCAGUAUUUUGGGGGGUUAAAUGCCUAAGGUUUAGUAUGACAACAGUACUUGAUCGUUUACAGACCAAAAAACCCCAUAUAAAUCCUUGUUAUAAAUAUACUGUAAGUUCUUGGAGUACCCUCUAGUGGCAGAAAAGAAGACAUUUGGAAAAACUAUAGUUCACACGUAAAAAUCUUUCAAUCACAAAACCUAAACUAAUAACAUCCUUAAAUACUGUAAUUUGCUGAUCUGCAGUUAUUUAUACCUAGAAAUGAAUUUUUUCUCUAAAUUAUGUUUUUAUAAUUUAUUGGGUUUUUUGUUGUCUUCCUAAACACGUUUAACUAGCAUUUCUUCAGAAACUACUUAAAUAAAUCAGUGACCAGUUGUUUGCCACGUCAUUAAGAGAAUACUAUAACUGAGUAAACUUGUCUUGAGACUUAUAAACACACAAAAAUGUCUCUUUCUUUUUUUCUUAAAAGUGAGAAGAAUAUCUGUCAUGAGGACACUCGGCCCACAAAAUUACCAGAAAAAUUCAGAAGCGUGGAUACUAGUAGAAAACCUCUGAACUUAAUUAAAAGUGUUAGCUGAGAUUUAAGAACUGAAUCACUGUUGGUGUGUGUCCCUCAUGAGACAACUAUCUCAAAGUUGACACUGUCGACCACAACAUAAAUGGUAUUAUUGUCU